CGGGAUUAGCACUCCGGGGAGCGAUUGGUCCUCGGGAGGAGAGGGGAGGCGGACGCGGGUCCCGGCGGUCGUCGGGUCGGCAGCCUUUGGUCAGUUGGCAGCUGCAGGCGCGCUUCGGUUCCGGCGGCGCCAUGUCGUUCUGCAGUUUCUUCGGGGGCGAGGUUUUCCAGAAUCACUUUGAGCCCGGCGUUUACGUGUGUGCCAAGUGUGGCUAUGAGCUGUUCUCCAGCCGCUCGAAGUAUGCACACUCAUCUCCAUGGCCAGCAUUCACCGAGACCAUUCACGCCAACAGCGUGGCCAAGCGUCCGGAGCACAAUCGAUCUGAAGCCUUGAAGGUGUCCUGUGGCAAGUGUGGCAACGGGUUGGGCCACGAGUUCCUGAACGACGGCCCCAAGCCGGGGCAGUCCCGAUUCUGAAUAUUCAGCAGCUCGCUGAAGUUUGUCCCUAAAGGUGAGCUUGCUUGGCACAGCUGGGGCCAGGCCUGUUGGCCUUUGAGCCCAGGCUGGGGGGCCCAGUGUUUGUGGCUGUCCACUUACCAUGACAAGGUACAGGGCCACCAAGUCACGCUGCCUGGGAACUGUCAAGGAUCCCCCCCGAAAGGUGGCUGUGGCACAGGGGCAAGGGGGCUGGUGUUCCGCUUCCUCGCUUGGUUGAUCAUGGCUGUCCCCAGAAGGCGCUUCGGAGUGAGAAUGUGGCGAAUGGUUUUCCUCAGAGGCCUGGCCUUUCCCCGAGGCUAGAGUCAGGGGCGGGGCAGGCAGAGCCUGAGGCCCCAGUCUGUGCGGCCGUGUCUGCCACUGGCUGGGACUGUGGCCUUGCUUCUCAGCCGCUCAGAGCCUGCCUCUUCCUCUGCAGAGUGGCCGUGGUAGCAGGGCCAGUGAGGAUAGCUGCGUGUCAUGUGCACCUGGGCCUGGCACCCAAUAAUAGCUUGAUGAAUCCUCAUCCUUUUUUUUUUUUUCUGAGAUGCAGUCUUGCUCUGUUGUGCAGGCUGGAGUGCAGUGGCGCGAUCUCAGCUCACUGCAACCUCUGCCUCCUGGUUCAAGCAAUUCUCCUGUCUUGGCCUCCCGAGUAGCUGGGAUUGCAGGCAUGCACCGCCACGCCCAGCUAAUUUUUGUAUUUUUAGUAGAGACGGGGUUUCACCAUGUUGGCCAGGCUGGUCUUGAACUCCUGACCUCAGGUGAUCUGCCCGCCUUGGCCUCCCAAAGUGCUGGGAUUAUAGGCGUGAGCCACCAUGCCCGGCCCACACCUGGUUAAUUUUUAAUUUUUUUUUUUUUUUUUUGGUGACAGAGUCUUGUUCUGUCACCCAGGCUGGAGUGCAGUGGCGCGAUCUCAGCUCAAUGUAGCCUCUGCCUCCCGGGUUCAAGGGAUUCUCCUGCCUCAGCCUCCCGAGUAGCUGGGAUUACAGGCUCCCACCACCACGCCUGGCUAAUUUUUGUGUUUUUAGUAGAGAUGGGGUUUCACCAUGUUAGCCAGGCUGGUCUGGAACUCCUGACCUGAGGUGAUCUGCCUGCCUCAGCCUCCCAAAGUGCUGGGAUUAGAGGUGUGAGCUACCGCACCCGGCCAAUUUUUAGAAUUUUUAUAGAGAUGGGGUCUCACUAUGUUGCCCAGGCUGCUCUUGAACUCCUCUGGGCCUUGGCCUCCCAAGGUGCUGGGAUUCUAGGCUUGAGCCACUGUGCCUGGCCUGAAAUGGGGUUGUUAGCAGCACACGCUCAUGGCCAUCACCGUGCUCUGGGGUUGAGCGAGCAGCCUGUCAGAGCCUGGUGCGUGGUAAACCUGCGAUAUUUUCAUCCUUUUGUUGUUAUUUGUCCUCCGUGUGAGUGGAGAGAGAAGAGAUUCUGGGUUCUCCUGUGGAUCUCAGAACAAAAUGGGGUGCACAGACUCCCCUGAGUUGGGCAUCUGGUCCUUUCAGCUCCCCUGUGGCCUGCAGGCCAGGGCAGAGUGUGAAAGCUCAGGGAACAGGGUCUGAAGCUCUGCCUUGCAGUGACUUGCUUUCCGCCCCUCCCACCCCCCUCCCUGGCUUUCCCCCACUCUGUCCCCCGGCUUUCCGCCCCUCCUUGCUUUCCACCCCCGCUUGCUUUCUGCCCCCGCUUGCUUUCCACCCCUGCGUCCUUUCUUUCAGGCAAAGAAACUUCUGCCUCCCAGGGUCACUAGGCAGGCAGCGCACACCCACCCCAGACAGCCACCGCACUGAGGCCACACGUUGGCCAUUCCACCUUGGAGUUGGAAUCCUGGGCGUCGAGACAGGAAGGCAGGGCGCAGUGGUUGAAACAUCAGGAUGCUCCCAAGGCCCUGGCUCUGAACAAGACCGUCUCGUUUCUUGGAAAAGACACUCAUUUGCUGAUGGUUCAUGCCUUCUGCUGGGACAGGCCUGGGCUGCGCAGCCACACUGUCGGCUGACUUAGCCCCCUGCUCACUCUAGGUGCCUCCAGGAGGUGAGCCCUGGGUGCAGCUGGUCUCUGAAUGACGUUACACCCUCACCUUCUUUGCCUGGCCCUGUGUCUGGACUGUCCCCUGUGAGGCCGAAUUCCAAGACAGACUCUCAUGCUCACCGAAGCUUAGACACACAUCUCCCAGGCUGCUUAGGAGACAGAAUGGAAACGGAGGCCGCCCCUGCCAGCUGCCCUGGCCCUGGUCACUGCAUGAUCCGCUCUGGUCAAACCCUUCCAGGCCAGCCAGGGUGGGGAUGGUCUGUGACCUGCUGGGAAGGCAGGCUGAUGGGGCAGACCCUUGGCCUCUCGUCCACGAGGGGAGAAGCCUACAUCCUGUUUCACAAUCUGUGCGGAAGUAGCUUGCCUCACUCCUGCUUAGGAAAGUGGCUGUUGCUCCAUAACUCUAAGCAGCACAGGGCUGAGGCCUGCAGUUCACACCUGCAGGGAGGCCCUUCCCAAGAUGUGGUGACUGUGCCUUACUGUACGUGCUCGGAGGCCUGGCCAUAUAGGAGGGUGGGUGAUGCUGAAAUCACCCCCUAUCUUAUGUAAUUACUUUGUGGAGUAAUCAGGUGGAAAUCCAUAAACAAAUGAAACAUUCA